AUGGUUUGGGUUCACUAUUUGGUGCUAGCGUCGACGGUAUGCACGUUGCUGCCGCUACUCGUACCCAGAAGCGAUGACGUCGACACCGGCUUCGCCAACCCUAACCAAGCCUAUUUGAGACCGAAUGUUGACGAUGACGACAACCCCGGAUACGAGCCGAAACCAGUGAUCGACACCAAUCCCAGGCUAAACGAGACGUUCAACAAACUCAAACCCCGCCUUGACCAUGCGUUGGUGCGCCGCAACCUCCCCAAUGACCCGCUCUUUUCCGAACAGUGGCACUUAAGCAACGGCAUCGGUACCAAUGACAUCAACGUUACCGGGGUGUGGACUAAUUACGGCAUCCUCGGCGAAGGGGUUACCGUGGCAGUUGUCGACACUGGCGUCGACGCCAACCACCCCGAUAUCCAACCGCGAUUAAAUGCCGAAGGGUCUUAUAACUUUUUGGAAGACGUUGAUGACCCCACGCCACCCGGUAGUGGCGACGAACACGGCACGCGUUGUGCCGGUAUCGUUGCUGCUGAGGCCAAUGAUGUUUGUGGCGUUGGCGUCGCUUUCCGGGCUCAGCUUUCGGGGAUCCGGAUCUUCUCCACCGCCACCGGGCGCUCAUUACCGGCACGUCAAAAGGCACGGGCGUUGCUGUACCGUAACGACAUCAAUCAAGUUUAUUCGUGCAGUUUUGGUCCUCCCGAUACUGGCUACAAUCUUCUGCCGAUGGAAGCCGACGUCCAACGGGCGAUCGUCCUGUCGUGUUUGGACGGACGUGACGGCAAGGGUAACAUAUACGUGUUUGCUGCCGGUAAUGGAGGGCGCUUGGGCGAUCUGUGCAACUUUGACGGCUACGCCAACCUGAUUUGGACGAUGGCGAUUGGAGCUAUUGACGAUAAGAACAUCAUGCCCGAAUGGGCUGAACUGUGCUCGGCGUUGAUGGCUGUGUCUUACGGUGCUGGUGGUAUUCGUACCACCGAUAUGGGUGGCGGAUGCUCACUGACGUUUUCCGGUACACUGGCACUGACGCCGAUGGUGCUGGGGAUGAUUGCGUUGGCGUUAGCAGCUAAUCCCAAUUUAUCGUGGCGAGAUGUGUUUUGGUUGGUGGCUCUGACAGCAGUACCGAUUAAUACUGAUGACGGUACCUGGCAGGACACGGGGCUCGGCAAGCCUUACUCGCAGAAGUAUGGUUUCGGUAAAGUCGAUGCUGGUGCUCUUGUUGAUCGUGCCAUUUCCUGGGACAACGUCAACCCACACGCGUGGAUCCACUCCGACUUUGACUACCCGGAAAACACUGAUCUGGAUACGGAUAUUGUCCGUACGAUCACCAUCACUGCUGACGACGUCAGAGUAUCCAAUUUCGGCCGAGUCGAACAGGUAACGGUAUGGAUCUGGCUCCGUACUGAGGUGAGAGGCGAGACUCGAGUGAUGCUUGAAGGACCGCUGGGAGUAAUCUCUGAGUUGGCUCAAGAAAGAGUUGAUGAUCAAAACCUGCGUGGCUUUAGAGGAUGGAACUUUACCACAAUGCAAUUCUGGGGGUUACAAGCCGAGGGGGAGUGGAAGCUCCAUGUGAAACUGGGGGCCGACGUCGAUUUGCGGUGGUGGAACGUCAACUUGUGGGGCGAGGCUGCCUCUGACACCAAUGCCCGAUUUGAUCUUGAUCGCAAUUACACCUGGGAGCGUAACCAGUUGCUCCGAGGACGCGACCCUUCUGGAAGUGUAUCGAUCGUGUCGAGAAUCAGUGAAGCCAAUACGCUAUCGUUCUCCACUAGCGAUCCCUCAUUGGGACAGGAUAAGUCGUUGAACGGGGUGGUGGCGCGACAAAUCAGUUGGUGGACCCAAAUGAUAUCUUCAUGGGUGAUGCUCCUCUUGAUAUAG